UCUCACCAACUCUAGUUAACACUAUCGGUCAGCAGAAUCGCCAACAAGGCAAGAGAUCCAAAAUCUUGGUCUCAUACUUCCUAAUCUAGUCACGACAAAGAGAAAGUGUGUAGAGUGUGAAUUAUAAUAAGUUGGCAGCUCUCAAAAAUUUAACUCGCUGUUUAACUUAAUCAAAGUUGGUGAGACCGGCCCUCACUGGCCGUGUUCCAGAAUUUACCAUCAGUGCUGAUAAUACAUAAUAGAAAACGUCACGUGAACUAUAGAUUUUCAGUACUGACAGUGAAUUUUGGAAUAUUGCCACUAUCGGGAAAUGUGGUACGACAUCUCUGAUCGCGAAACGGCUGAUAUAUACACGCACGCACGCGCAUCACGGCACCGUGGCACAGUGGUCAACGCGACGGUGCGGUUACAAUACGGUCCCCGAGAUUGUGUUGGUGAUUAAUCAAAAAAGGCUGUUCGUGAAAAUGGCCGCAGGACUCGAUCCUCGGCUACAUCGUCCGAAGAGUUUGUACUGUUUGUGCGUGGCGGCGGUAACCGAGAGAUUUCGCUUCUUCAAACCGUACCUGGUCGACCUGCCCAAGAGCGUUAGAUUCGACCUCUACUAUCAGUUGUACAAAGAGAGAAGAUUAUGUAUAUUGGGAGCGGAAUUAAGCGAUCUGGAGACUUUCUCCAAGAUGCUCAAGGUCACCAAUCGUCGACUACACCUCCUGAGAAUAUUCCAGGCACCGAUGGAUCAUAAAAUAAGGAUAUCGGCACAUUUGGUUAUCAAUUAUAAUAUCUAUUGUUUUCAAGAGAGAGAGAAUUCUUUAUCACAGGAGAAGUUGAUAAAUUUGGGUUUAAGACUAGGUGGAUUUCUCAGUGAUGCCGGCUGGUAUUCAGAAAGUGAACAAGUGUUGUUGACUUGCAAACAAUUAUGCUUAGCUCAUAAUGAAAAUCCUAAGGAUUGGUGUAGAACAUUAGACUGUUGUCACAAGCUGUUACAUGCACAAGCAGCAUACUGUGAUUUCGAAGGGGCUGCAGAAACUCAUCAACUUGCCUUGGAAAUGAUAGAAAAGUUGAAAAGCAUGCAGUACAAUAAUAGCAAUCAUGCUGCCCUUUAUGCAGAAUUCAGUGUAUUAUUUUACAUACGCAGUGAAUACGACGAAGCCUACAAAUGGAGUUUAGAAGCAUUAAGACAAUUGAAAUCAUCACUCCCCGCGGGGGUCAUUGUUGACGUUUUGAGACAAGCGGCGAAAUCGUGCGUGGUGAAACGUGAAUUUCAAAAAGCUGGCUUAUUAAUCAAGGAAGCUGUAUAUCUUGCAAGAGAAAUAUUCGAUAUAGAUCAUCCAAAAUAUAGCGACGUUCUCAUCGAUUAUGGAUUUUUCUUAUUAAACUAUGAUAGCAUCAGCAAUAGUGUAACUAUAUACAAGACUGCGUUAGAUAUUAGAAGAUCGAUUUUCGGCAGGACUAAUCUUCAUGUUGCUCUGGCACACGAAGACUUGGCUUACGCUCUCUAUGUACAUGAAUAUAGUUCUGGCAAAUUUGAAGAUGCGAGUGAUCAUGCGGGAACAGCUAUAGAUAUCAUGGAAAAACAUUUACCACCAAAUCACUUAAUGCUCGCAAGUGCUAGAAGAAUAAAAGCACUUAUUCUUGAAGAGAUCGCUAUAGAUAACGCAUCCACACCUUUGUCGGAACAGAAUCUGUUACUCAAAUCCGAGGGUCUUCAUUUAUCUGCCUUGGAGAUGUCGAGAAGCGCAUUUGGUGAGAGAAACGUGCAAACAGCAAAACAUUAUGGAAAUUUGGGCCGCUUAUAUCAGAGUAUGCGGAAAUUUCAGGAAGCAGAAACAAUGCACUUGAAAGCUAUUAACAUCAAAGAAGAAUUAUUAGGACCUGAUGAUUACGAAGUAGGUUUGAGUAUAGGACAUUUAGCUUCUUUAUAUAAUUUUCAUAUGGGACGAUACAGAGAUGCUGAAAAACUUUACCAUCGUAGCAUCGCGAUCAGCUUGAAGUUAUUUGGAAAAGGCUACAGUGGCUUAGAAUACGAUUAUCGAGGACUCUUACACGUGUACUCUAAACUAGAUGAUUACGAAAAAAUAAUGGAAUAUACAGACAUACUGAAUGAUUGGAGGGACCUUAGAGACAGACACGCUCAAUCUGAGGAACCACCGAUUGAUAUACAAAAACAUCCACAGCCAAUUGCAAACGUAAUGAAUGUGUUCUUUUCUAUGUGAUAUAUCAAUAAGUCUAUGUGUAAUUGAGAUUUUGUCAUUGUACGUCAUCAAACUUGUUGGUCCCUGUUACGUUUACAUUGGACCAAAGUAGGAAAAAAAAAAAUUUCUUUUUUCUUACUUUAGCUCAAUGUCUUAUAAACACAAAACACAUAAGCCAAUUAUAAUUAUCAAUUGUACAAUCAGAUCAUAAUUUACAAAUUCUAAUCUUAAGUCAUAAAUCAUAAUGUGUACAAUUGUUAAUUAUAUUGUCUUAUAGCAAUAUUUUAUAAUGUGUGAGUAGACUCAAUAUUACUAAGAAUUGACAACAUGAUAUUAAUUGAUCAAGUGAUCUAAUAUUCAAAUAUGUUAAUUCAAAACUGUUAAUUCACAACUGUUAAUUUAAAUCUCUCUAAAUUAUUGUUAAUAAUGCUUGUAUGUUAGAAAGGCUUUGAAAGAAAGGCUUUGUUUUAGUGCCAUUCUACAAUAAGCCAUAAGUGAUAAAUCAGAAAAUAAGAAUUGAUCAAUCAUAAUCGAGUAUUCUUAUAUUCAAUUGGUCAAUUCUUAGUUUCUGACUUAUGAUCUAUUACUAAUAGCUUAUUGUAGAAAGCCUAUUAGUUUGCAAUGCUUGUGUUGAAUUAUUAAAAUCAAUGUUUAUCUUCUAUCUCGAUGUAUCUCAAAGAUUUUUGCGCAUAAAAAAUAUAUCUUUUUUAAAUA